AUGGUUAUACCUGCUCCCGCUCCCUUUGAUCAGCCGGGUAUCAUACCACGCAGACCGCUGGCUAAGGUCUGGAAACAGCUCGUCGGCAGCUAUAUCCCACCGAUAGAGGAGGUAGAAGGCAAGGCCGCCCAGCAUGCAGAUAACCGGGUUCUUAUUCCGGAGGGCCCCGGCUGUCUCAAGGCGGCCGUGCUGGUUCUGUUUCCCAGCCCGCGUUGUGAAGAUCAGGGGCAUGCAGCGGGUCGGGCCCUCCUCCUCGAACUCGAAGGUAAAGAGGUCCGAGAUCUUGGCCGCGCGGCGGUCGCCACCUCGGGUCAGCAUAUAGUGCCCGAGCAGCAGAUCCACGAGAGUCCGCAGGUGGCACUCAGCAGCCAUACUGCUAUGCGCCCAGAGCUCGUAGCAGACGCGUUCGAAUUCCUGCUCUGUAUACCCAUCGAGGAGGGUAUCACGGCCCUUAUCGGCGUAGCUAGCCUUAUCCUGCUGUGCAUCCCGGCGCUGGAGGGACUUGAGGUACUCCCGAACGUUAUCCUCCCGGGGUGA